AUGCAGUUGCCGAGAACGAAGCACGCGAGGUUACCACAGGGUCCUCUCGAGCAUCUUGCCAAACGAACGCCAUUCUCCCUUUUCCCGGCCUCUGAGCAAGUGAUCAGGAUGACCAACCUACCAACGCCACCCCCUCUCCUCUCCGUCAAGCUGGUGUUCACCUCCAAGGCCGUUCAGCACGUGCAAAUCCUCGACAUCACGACGGCUUUCCUGGACUCUGCAGCGGAGAUGGAGCUCCGUCGAGCUUGCAAAUUCGGCUCGAACUGCUUGCUCGAUCGGAUCUAUGAGGCCUCUCUGUCUGAAGACGAAUCUCCUCCUAGCAGCGGUGGCACGUGGUCUCGACGCCAUUACCUGCUCACCGACCGGCACUACACCCGGUUCCAGUUCCGUUGCGCCAUGGCGGUCGCAGUGACACUCAAGGACGGCAAGACAGCGUUGGAGGUGGUCGAGUGGCUACUGGACCAGUUCGAUGGCUGCAUCAUUCUCUGUGAACGCGGACGUCGAGAUAUGGUGCAAGCAGCACUUAACCAGCAACACGAAGUCAUUUGGUGGCUGCAUCGGAAGACUCGAGCACCUCGAGCCAUGACGAGUGUACUCAUGGCUGCAAUACGCAACGGAUACAUUAUUCUCUUGGAAUGGCUACGCAUGAAGUACCGUAGCCGUGGAUUCGACCCCGAUCCUGAAGACGAGGACUUUGAAGUGGGACAAGACGAGACAAUGUCUGGAGAGCAUGUGGACAGGCUGUUAAGAGGCGACCCGGAAGAAUUCAUGCAAGGGGCAGUGUAUGGCGGCCAUCUCGGAGUCAUGGGGCGGCUGGUUGAGAAUGGCUACACUCGGAAGGAGAGCCACUUCGCUAUUCAUCCAGCAGCUGGUUGA